AGAAAGUUUGAGCCCAGCCAAAAAGGAGGAGCUUACACCCGUGUGCCAAAUCUGGGAACCUGACUGAGUACGGGGUGGGAGCCAGGAUGAGGAAAAAGCCGGGAAAGACCUCCCCACCACGCUGGAAAGAAGGCCCCGUGAUCAGCACCAGCCACUGGCUGUGCUGGCCACCCUUGCAGCUUACAUAAAGGGACAAGUGGAGCCCCAGAGGUCACAGGGCUGACAGGACAGGGCUCGGAGCACCGGGCACCCAGGCACCAUGACUUGGUCCUUGAAGCACCAACGUUUAAUUCUCUACUUCUAUACUCUUUUACUGCUCCCUUCCACAUGCCUGGCAUACGUUGCUACCAGAGACAAUUGCUGCAUCUUAGAUGAAAGAUUUGGUAGUUACUGCCCAACUACCUGUGGAAUUGCAGACUUCUUGUCCACUUACCAAAGUGGGGUAGACAAGGAUCUGCAAUCUUUGGAAGAACUCUUCAGACGAACUGAAAACAAAACAGCAGAAGCUAAAGAACUGAUCAAAUCAAUCCAAGUCACCUAUAACCCCAAUGAACCACCAAAGCCAAACAGGAUUGUGACUGCUACCAAGGAUUCUAAAAGAAUGAUGGAAGAAAUUAUAAAAUACGAGGCAUUGGUUGGAUCACACGAAUCGAAUAUUCGAUUUUUACAGGAAAUAUAUAACUCAAAUAACCAAAAGAUCAAUAACCUGAAACAGAAGGUAGCCCAGCUUGAAGCAAAGUGUCAGGAACCUUGCAGAGACACAGUACAAAUACAUGAUAUAACUGGGAAAGAUUGUCAAGACAUUGCCAAUAAGGGGGCCAAGGAGAGUGGGCUUUACUUUAUCAAACCUCUGAAAGCUAAGCAGCAGUUCCUAGUCUACUGUGAAAUUGAUGGAUCUGGAAAUGGAUGGACAGUGCUGCAGAAGAGGCUUGAUGGCAGUUUGAAUUUCAAGAAAAAUUGGAUUCAAUAUAAAGAAGGAUUUGGGCAUCUGUCUCCUACUGGAAACACAGAAUUUUGGCUGGGAAAUGAGAAGAUUCAUUUGAUCAGCACACAGUCAGCCAUACCAUACGCAUUAAGAAUACAGUUAGAAGACUGGAAUGGCAGAACCAGUACUGCAGAUUAUGCCAUGUUCAAGGUGGGACCUGAAGCUGACAAAUACCGCCUGACGUAUGCCUACUUUAUUGGUGGAGAUGCUGGAGAUGCCUUUGAUGGCUAUGAUUUUGGCGAUGACCCUAGUGAUAAAUUUUUCACAUCCCACAACGGCAUGCAGUUCAGUACCUGGGACAACGACAAUGAUAAGUACGAAGGAAACUGUGCCGAACAGGAUGGGUCCGGGUGGUGGAUGAACAAGUGUCACGCAGGCCACCUCAAUGGAGUUUAUUACCAAGGUGGCACUUACUCAAAAACAUCUACUCCUAAUGGUUAUGAUAAUGGCAUUAUUUGGGCCACUUGGCAAUCCCGGUGGUAUUCCAUGAAGAAAACUACCAUGAAGAUAAUCCCAUUCAACAGAUUAGCCAUUGGAGAAGGACAGCAGCACCACCUUGGGGGAGCCAAACAGGUUGGACCAGAACACCAUGCUGAAAUAGAAUACGACUAAGUCAUUUUACCCUGAGAAUUAAGCUGUUAAUUUCUGUUAGUCCAUGAAGUUUCAGUCAUUUUUCUGAAAGUUUCAUUUUCUCUUAUUAUAUUUAUUAAUUUUAAGUCUUUUACCAAGAGUAUUUAGCCUUAUAUGGAAACUAAAACUCACUUUGGAUUAUAUUCCAAAUUAUUGAACUCAAGAGUUGUUUAAAAUUUAUUUAUUUAAGAUGAUAACAUUUUAGCUUAUUUCUUAAGUAUAUAAUGAUAAAAGUGUUGCCAUAUUUUGCAUUUUAAUGAUAACAUGUAAUUUGUCUUGCUGAUUUAUUUGUUUAUAUUAUUUCUUAAAUGGUUUAGUUUAAACUAGUAAACCCAGAGUAAAUUCCAGCAUUUCAAAUGCCUAAGUAUUUUUUU